CAACCAAAGUCAGUAUCCACCAUUUUGUUUUUCGGCUGCAACUUUUUGGAAGCCGGAGGGACACAUGAUUGUACAAAUUUGAAGAAUUCAACACUUUAAGAAACCGCGGUACUGACGACAAAAUGAAGUUGACAUCAGCAGGGGGUGUUAUUUCCCUCCUUGAUGAACCAGAUACAAAGCUAAAGAUCUUUGCUCUGGAGAAACUCAAUCUACUUGUGGACGACUUCUGGGCGGAGAUCGCUGAUGCUGUCGAAAAAAUUGAGAUGUUUUAUGAAGACACCACUUUUCCAGAAAGAGAACUAGCUGCACUGGUUGCAUCUAAGGUUUACUAUCAUUUAGGAGCCUUUGAGGAAUCACUGACGUACGCUCUAGGUGCAGGGAAGCUGUUUGACGUGAAUGCAUCCUCCGAAUAUGUAGACACCACAAUAUCCAAAUGCAUCGACCAUUACACCAAGCUGCGUGUGCACAACUUGGAGCACGUGGACGACCCUAAAGACAUUGACCCACGUCUGGAGAACGUCGUGGACAGGAUGUUCCAGCGUUGCUAUGACGACAUGGAGUUCAAGCAGGUGGUCGGGAUCGCGUUGGAGACGCGGCGGAUCGACUCCUUUGAGAAGGCCAUCAUGAAAGCGGAUGAUGUUGGCGGUAUGCUCAGUUACAGUCUGAAAGUCGUCUUGGCGCUCCUCCAACAAAGACAGUUCAGAAAUGAGGUUUUACGCAUUCUCCUGCGUCUGUACAUGAACCUGGCAGUACCAGACUACAUCAACGUCUGCCAGUGCCUCAUCUUUCUUGACGAUGCCCAAGCUGUCGCAGACAUCCUCAGCAAACUCCUCAAGGAGAGUCAAGACCAGACUUUGAUGGCAUAUCAGAUUGGGUUUGACCUGUACGCUAGCGCCACUCAGCAGUUCUUGGCCAGGGUUCAGGGCUCACUUCGCUCCUCUGGUCCCGUCUCUGACACAACGAGUAAGACAGAAACAGAGACCAAAGAUGGGGAAGAAAUGGAGACGGAUGAUACAAAACCAGAAACAAAUGGCACAGCUGAUGAAGGCACAUCUGUGGAUGGCCCUGCACCUGCUCAUAAGGAGGAGGACAAGGUGUACGCAGAUCGGCUGAGCAAGCUGAUGGAGAUUCUCAGUGGGAGCAUUACCAUAGGCAUCCACCUACAGUUCUUGAUACGCAGCAACAAAACAGACCUACAAAUCCUGAAAAACACAAAGGAUAUUGUGAGGAAUUCAGUAUGUCACAACGCUACCGUCAUUGCCAACUCCUUCAUGCACUGUGGCACCACGUGCGAUUCUUUCUUGCGAGAUAAUCUGGACUGGUUAUCCCGAGCCACCAACUGGGCCAAGUUUACGGCCACGGCCAGCCUAGGGGUCAUCCACCGCGGCCACGAGAAGGAGGCCCUAAGCCUGAUGUCCACCUACCUGCCUAAAGACACGGGGCCUGGCAGUGCUUACCAGGAAGGGGGUGGUCUGUACGCGCUGGGGCUGAUCCAUGCUAACCACGGCGCUAACAUCAUUGAGUAUCUGCUGGGGCAACUCAAAGAGGCAACAACAGAUAUGGUACGGCAUGGUGGCUCUCUGGGCUUAGGCCUGGCAGCAAUGGGCACAGCAAGGCAAGAUGUGUACGAACAGCUGAAGUUUAAUCUUUACGAGGAUGAUGCAGUCACGGGUGAGGCUGCUGGGUUAGCUAUGGGCCUGGUCAUGAUUGGCUCCAAGUCAGCAUCAGCCAUUGAAGACAUGGUCAGCUAUGCACAAGACACUCAGCACGAGAAGAUCCUACGUGGUCUCUGUCUCGGUAUUGCCCUGACAAUGUACGGCCGACUAGAAGAAGCCGACACCCUAAUAGAGAGUCUGUCUCGCGACAAGGACCCAAUCCUGCGACGUUCCGGCAUGUACACCAUCGCGCUGGCGUACUGCGGCACGGGCAACAACCAGGCCAUCCGCAGGCUCCUUCAUUUCGCUGUCAGCGAUGUUGAUGAUGACGUGCGACGGGCAGCCGUGACUUCGCUGGGAUUCAUCUUGUUCAGGACUCCAGAGCAGGUCCCCAGCGUCGUGUCCCUCCUGUCGGAGAGCUACAACCCCCACGUCCGGUACGGGGCUGCCAUGGCGCUAGGAAUCUCAUGUGCCGGGACAGGAAAUAAGGAGGUUUUGAGUCUCUUGGAGCCGAUGAUCAGCGAUUCUGUCACCUACGUCCGACAAGGCGCACUGAUCGCCUCAGCCAUGGUGCUCAUCCAACACAAUGAGAACACCUGCCCCAAGGUGACCACAUUCCGUAAUUUAUAUACCAAGACUAUCGGCGACAAACACGAAGACGUUAUGGCCAAGUUUGGAGCCAUCCUAGCCCAGGGUAUAAUUGAUGCAGGUGGGCGUAACAUGACCAUCAGUAUGCAGUCUGCCUCAGGCCACACCCACAUGUCGUCUGUCGUGGGCGUGCUCGUCUUCAUUCAUUUCUGGUACUGGUUCCCCCUGGCCCAUUUCCUGUCUCUCUCCUUCACCCCGGCUGCGGUCGUCGGACUCAACGCGGACUUGAAGAUGCCAGUCCUGCAGAUCCGUUCCAAUGCCAAGCCGUCUAUGUAUGCGUACACACCCCCUCUGGAAACGCCCAAGGAAAAGGAGAAGGAAAAAGUGGCCACCGCUGUCCUGUCCAUCACGGCAAAGGCCAAGAAACGGGAACGAAAGGAAGCGGAAUCCAAAAUGGAAGUGGAUGAGCCAAUCAAAGAAGAAGAAAAAGAUACAGACAAGGACAAGAAGGAAAAGGAAAACAAGAAGGAGAAAAAGGAAUCCAAAGAAAUCGAGAAAGACUCCAAGGAUAAAACCGAAGAGACAUCGACGAGCAAGGAAGGGGAAACUGAGGAGAAGAAAGAAAAGAAAGUGGAACCCCCCUUCGAGAUUCUCGCCUCGCCGGCGAGAAUCAUGGUCCCUCAGCUCAAGGUGUUGUCCACAGUAGAGGGCGCCAGAUAUGUGCCUGUCAAACAGCUCUCUGACGGUGGCAUCAUUAUGAUGAAGGACACGGCAAAAGAUGAACCAGAGGAAAUUGUACUCAAUGUCCCAGCUGGAGGACCCAAGAUGGAGGAAGAAGAGGAAGAGCCUGAACCUCCUGAGCCGUUUGAGUACAUUGAGGAUUAAGAUGGGCUAAGAAGGGGAUUUGAAUGGGAUUAAGGAUCAGAUUAAGUCUACAUUUGUUUCAAGAUUAACUUGAGGUGGAGGACCCAAGAUGAUGCAGAGAGACAGGACCUGAAUCUCUUGAGCCAUUUGAGCACAUUGGCGAUUAAGGGGAUUUCAAUGAGAUUAACGAUUAGAUUAAGAAUGCAUUCAUUUCAAGGUUAAAGCUGGAGGACUCAAGAGGAAGAAGAGAGCCGGAUCUUCCUGAGCCAUUUAAACGCAUCAAGAAUGGGAUUAUAAUGGGAUUAAAAAUGGGAUUUAAGAUCAGAUUAAGACUGCAUUCAUUUCAAGGUUAUCUCAAGCUGGAAGACUAAAGAUGGAGUAUAAGAAGAGGAGGAAUCCUUAUCCUACCAUCCUGAGCUGUUUGAGCACAUCAAGGAUUAAGAAUGGGAUUAUGUUGGGAUUAAGGAUCAGCUUAUGACUGCAUUAAUUUCAGUGCUACCUGGCUACUGGAUUAGUCCCUAGGCCCUCUGGCUAGGAUGCAACCUCAAUCCUGCAAAAAAACUUCAAAUUGCCACCAAGAAAAAAUUGGAUUCAGCCUCAAUCCUCCAAAAUCAUCGUUUUUUUCUUCAAUUUAGUCUAUGGAGGGUGACCACUGCCUCAAUCCUCCAAAAUCCUCUGCCAAUUACUGCUAUGGUUUGAGGCAGUGCAAAUGGUGUUUAGAAGCAGUGCGGAUGAAAUACGAGAGAAACGCUGGGCUUAUUUGUGCAUGGCUGAGUAUAACCAACGCAGGGUAUGGCCUACUGGCUUGACGUAAUGCAUCCUCCACAAAAAAGCGAUACAUCUUUGCCAUUCAUCCUCAAUCCUCUAAAAUCAUCCAAAACCAGCAAAGGGAUUUUGGAGGAUUGAGGAGAGUUAGGGUUUAGUAACAUUAUACAAGCGGAUACUAAGCAAAACUAACAGCACUUUUUCCCUACAAACACAUACAAAUUGGCCAUUUAUUUAAUAUAGGAAACAGCUGCAAUAUUAAGGGUGUGUUUUUCACUUCCCAAAGUCGUUCUCUUUAAUUCCUCCAACCAUCCUUUCCCCCAUUGUUCUAAAAGUUAUCACGGUUUUUUUUAAUGGUUUCUGCAAUUUGUCAGGGUAAGCUUGAAUCGAAUGAUAAGUAAUCAACUUGGAAACAAAUGUUUUGUUUAUGUAUGACUGUUCUUCUGACAAAUGAAAUUAUGAAUAUUUGUACUUUGUCAUUUACUUAAAACUUUAAAAAGUACCAAAGUACAUACAUGCAGGUGUUGAAAAUAAAUGCAAACACAGUAGGUUUAA